AAGAAGAAUCACUAUUUCGAGAUUGAUCUGCCCACUCCUACUGGACUAGUAAGCAAACAGUGCGAGGCAAGCACAGUGCACUUCCAUGAAUGCACGUGUGUUUUGUAGUUAAUUGGGUGAGGAUCAAACAGAUUUCGCCUGUUUUCACUCAUACUGAAGGAUAUGCAUGAUUCCGAUGCCGUUUCGCGUCCACAAACUUUGUUCAACGGCGACGAUGGCGAUGAAGCUAACAGCCACUACAUAGUUGUCGAGCUUAAAGAUGAGGAUCUUAAAGCGCCUACCGAAGCAGAUCUGAGUAUAUUUGCUCCUGUCGAGUCCUCUGAAUGUGAGGAAGAUGAAGAUGAACUCUCAGACUCGUCCUGUGUUUCCACCUGGAGGAGAACAAACACUAGAGAGCGAGAUAACUGGGAGGAUGUUGCACCCCCUGAGAGGCAAUUGUCCAGCGGGAGUUUUAAAGGACACCGUAAACCGAGACAGAACUUUCUGGAUGGAAAGACACCAAAGAGGAAUCCUGAGUGUAGUGCAGCAGACAGGGGCAUGAAUGAAGCACUUCCUGCUGAGGAGCAUCCAUGUUACCAGCCUCCACCACACUCAGAUUCAGCCACAGCGCCUGUAGAGAUGUCUGGGCAGCAUACUUCAAUCAGUCCUUUAGCGGCCAUGGAGCCUCCUGUAUUUCCAAAUACACCUGUCCAGAGCAAAUCUGUUGUUGGGGAGGAUCAGCACAAUAUAUUACUCGAAGUCCUGAACUACUGUAAGUUCCUGCAUGCAGCGGUGGAGAGGCUUGAACAGAAGAUUGACAGACAAAUGUCAUACGAGCAAAGGUAUCAAAGGAGUUCAGCAAGGUUCAACAGUGGUCCAAAGAGACAGUCAAAGGUACCCGCUGAAGGAGAGCAUCUAUCCUGGUCUUUGGCUGAACGUCUCGGGCCACCUGUACAGAGGAACCCACAGUGGAUUCCUCCCUGGAAACGAAGCGCUAUUCAGCAAGGGCCGAGCAGGGCAGAUCUUCAGGUCAACAACAGUAAUCAGUCAGCCAGACCAUCUGGUGGUGGGAGAGGGAAAGGCCGGGGGAAAGGACGUGGUCGCCAGGGUCGUAAUAAUGGAUCCAAGCGCCAGUCUCAGACUCCCGAUCCUGCUCUGCAAACAUCUGGGCUCUUGAGAGAUGGGAUGUUUACAGCAGAAAUGGACGAUCCACAGCCAUCCAAGGUGAUGAAGAAAAGCUCUCAGCUGUUCAAGGAUUCAGAGCGUAAGCAGAAGAGGAGAAAAGGCUUGGAAGGAGACGGAGAUCACAGUGAAUCAGAGAUGUUCAGAAAGGUGGUCACGCUUGAGGCUGAUGUGGAUAAGAAAGUGAUGAUCGGGAGCUCCUUGCGGAAAGUGUGGAUCCCGUUGUCUGUGUAUAAGGAGGCGUUUAAAGAGACAGAGCCCCAGAAAGCACUGGUGCCAGUUCUCCAUUCUCUCUUCUCUAACAGCACUCUGUCCUGCAGUGCCGUCACAGGCAAUCCAGACAAAGGCAUCAAGCAGCUCGACCCCAACAAAAUAGAAGCACUUCGAGAGUUUCUUGCUGAGAUGUACCCACAGUACGACGUCAGCCUGAGAGGUGUGACGUGGGCAAUGUGUGUUGGAGUGAUCAACAACAUUACCAAAGACCUCAGGAAAAAAAGCUGAAAUCCCAUCACAUCUGCCAGAAAAAGUUGGUGAUGGUGGGAGUGACGCUGCGCUCGUUCAUAUCUCUACGGAUUUGUGUUAUUAAAUCCACAAUGUGACAAAUACACACUUCAUGUGCAACACUAUCUGUUUAAUUCAGU